AGAAGCAGGCAGCGGCGUCGCAGCGCUACAACAAGAGCGGCUUUCGGGCUUUGUUUUGUGGAUGUGAAUGAGCUCCAUCACCUCCUCCAGAAAUGUGGACGGAUAUAAGGACAUUGCUACUUUUUCAUUUGUUCAUCCUCAGGCUUCACCUCUCGGACGCAACUGAUGAGUGUGAGGAUGGACAGUUUCAGUGCAACAACAAAAGGUGUAUACCGACUAUAUGGAGGUGCGACGACGACGACGACUGCUCAGACAACAGCGAUGAAGAAAACUGUCCCAGGAAAACGUGUGCCCCUGCCGAGUUUGCCUGUCUAAAUGGACAGUGUGUCCCGGGACGGUGGCGCUGCGACGGGGAACCAGAAUGUCCGGAUGGCUCUGAUGAGGCAGAGGAGACCUGCAGCAAACAGACGUGCCCUCCGGAGAAAUUCGACUGUGGGGGAUCCACCAACAAGUGUGUGUCGUUGUCUUGGAGAUGUGAUGGGGAGAAAGAUUGUGAGAACGGAGCGGACGAGGAGGACUGUGCAUCUGACGCCAAGGCCUGCCCCAGCGGAGAGUUCAUGUGCGCCAACCGCAAGUGUUUAGCCACCAACUUUGUGUGCGACGGCGACGACGACUGUGGAGACGGCAGCGAUGAGCUCAAGUGCACCUCCCCUCUGACCUGCGGACCCAACCACCUUCGCUGCAACACCUCGGAGUGUGUGCCGCUCAUGUGGAGCUGUGACGGAGACCCCGACUGCUCUGACAGUUCCGAUGAGGGGCCCGAGCGCUGCGGCGGCGACGGCGUCCCAUACCUGACAAACCGCAGAGCCAACUGCACUGCUGGGGAGUUUCGCUGCGCCAAUGGCGAGUGUGUGCGGCUGACUUGGAAAUGUGAUGGAGAUCCGGACUGCAAGGACAAGUCUGAUGAGUCUGACUGCCCUCUGCUGACAUGUCGCCCUGACGAGUUCCAGUGUGGGGAUGGAUCCUGCAUUCACGGCACCAAGCAGUGCAACAAGGUCCAUGACUGUCUUGACCACAGCGAUGAAUCUGGCUGCGUAAACGCCACCAAAUGUGAGGGACCCCUGAAGUUCCUGUGUAAAAACGGGGAGUGCAUCGACAGCUCCAAGGUCUGUGACUCCGUCAAGGACUGCAAGGACCGAUCCGACGAGCCCAAGAAAGAGUGCGGGCUGAAUGAGUGUAUGAUUAAUAAUGGCGGCUGCUCCCAUGUCUGCAUGGACCGACCAAUUGGCUUCGAGUGCCAGUGCCCCACCGGCUACCAGCUGCUGGACAAAAAGACGUGUGGAGACAUUGAUGAGUGCGAGAACCCAGACGCUUGCAGUCAGAUCUGCAUCAACUACAAAGGGGAUUUUAAGUGCGAAUGCUAUGAAGGAUAUGAGAUGGACCCUGUCACAAAGACCUGCAAGGCAGAAGGGAAAAGCCCUUAUUUGAUGUUCACCAACCGGCAUGAGAUCCGACGCAUCGAUUUGGUCAAGAGGGACUACAGCCAGGUGGUGUCAACCCAGAAGAACGCAGUGGCUCUGGACCUGGAUGUGGCCAACAACCGUGUCUUCUGGUGUGAUCGAUUCCACCGUAAAAUCUACAGUGCCUUCAUCCACGAGGCCAGUGACCCCUCCCAGCAGGUGCCGCUGGUCGAUUCAUCUCUGGAGACCCCCGUGGGUCUGGCUCUGGACUGGCUCCAACACAACCUGUACUGGACCGACUCCGGAGCCAAGUCCAUCUCUGUGGCCUCGGUUGACGGCACCAAGAGACGCGUCCUCAUCAGCAGCGACCUGAGCGAACCCCGAGCCAUAGCACUGGAUCCCCACCAUGGCUUUAUGUACUGGUCAGACUGGGGCACGCGAGCCAAGAUAGAGAAGGCCGGCAUGAAUGGAGUGGACCGGCAGGUGCUGGUGGCUGAUAACAUUGAAUGGCCCAACGGCAUCACUCUAGACGUGGCCAACAGGCGUCUGUACUGGGUGGAUUCAAAACUGCACCUCAUAGCCAGUGUGGACCUGAACGGGGCUCACCGCAGAACACACAUAUCAUCUGCAGAGAGACUGGGACACCCCUACGCUCUGGCUGUUUUUGAGGAUCGUAUCUACUGGACUGACAGAGACAGAGCGGCAGUCUUCAUGGCCAACAGGCUGACAGGCCAAGACAUCCUCGCUCUGGCUGAAAACCUCAAUGACCCCCACGACAUUGUGGUUUUCCAUCAGCUUCGUCAGCCACAAGGCCCAGACAGUUGUAACCUGGGUAGCGUGGCCAAUGGAGGCUGUGAGUACUUAUGUCUUAAGGCUCCACAGAUCACUGAACACUCGCCCAAAUACACCUGCGCCUGCCCCGACGGACAAGACCUGGGGCCCGAUAUGAGGGGCUGCGUGCCAGCUGUGCCGAGAAACGACGUUACAACAUCCUCACUUCCUGCCGUAUUUUUAACCGGGGCGACUGCUGCUGAAGACUUCCCUCCUCCCUCGGGGGGAGUGUCACAGGCAGAUGCGGCCCCGCACUUGACCACGGCUCCCUCCGGCUCCCCCGAGUCCCCCACGUCCCUCAGCCCGCUGAAGCCUGUGCCGUCGCGGGAGUCGAAAGCGCUGGGGUCCCACUCCACCGCCACAGCUAUGGUCAUGUCCACCACGCCCGCGGGGGACAGCAGCGUCUCACAGCACUCUGGAAGCGAGCAUUUCCUCCUGGGCGAGAACCUGACCGUGGCUGUUUUGGGAGUGGUCAUCCCAAUCGUUCCUAUCGUUGCCACAGUGGUGUUCGGCCUGGUCUGCGCCGGAGUGUACGUGGUGUGGCGGAACUGGCGGCGCAACUCCACCAAGAGCAUGAACUUCGACAACCCCGUCUACCGCAAAACCACCGGCGAGGGCGAGGAGGACGAGAUCCACAUCGGGCGGACCGACGGCAUGGGGCACCACGCGCACCACCACCCGUACCCUCAGGGAGUCAGCAUGGGCGUCGUGGGAGCGGGGGGCGGCACUUGCCCGCAGUUCAUUGCCCUGCCGCUCGGGGGGAGCAUGCCCGAUCCGGGGACUCACUGGUACACGGAGCAGCCCAUGCUCUCAACCGCAAAGUGACCUGCAAGGAUGACCUCUGGAGAAGAUGGCCGCUCAGGCACACGCACACAUUGAGGUCAGAGGUGACUUGGACUGAGUUUGUUGAGGGACGAACAACAUAUCAUCAAGUGUAACAUGCAGCCAUUCACAGCCAUGUCCUAUGCCAGUUUGCAUUAGAAAAACUCCAGUAUUAAUUUGUCACACACCACUCUUCAAUUUCAUACCUUUUCUGUGCUGGAGAUGAUCUUUUUAUUCUUGCUGACAGUUAUUUAUGGCAAUGCCAAUUGUGGCAACGUGUUCCUGCCCUUGUCCCAAGCUGGAACAUGGAGUCGGACCGGUUCCUCUUUUGAAUCUUUUCCGUUGAUAACUGCGUGAGGUGUGUGCGGCUUAUAUUUUCAUGACGGGGCUAGUGAGGGAUUCGGUUUCGUCCUUGAUGUAUUAAUUUGGGUUUCGUGUUAUUCCUGGUUGGCCGCGGAGCUCUGGGAACGCUGUUGAGGAAGGACAAGUUCUAAAACUGGGACAGCCCGUGCGUUGAUGGGACAAUCUGUACAAAUUCAUGUUAGAAUCAGUCAUAAAUAUGUUAUCUGUCUGGUGUAGUUAAAAUUUUUUGUCGUGGAUGGGUUUCUUUCGAUUUUUCCAUUCUUUGGUUUAUUUUAAAGGUUUGUGCUUUCUUGGCGUGGAGCCAGGUGAUUCAGGGUGAGUUGUAUAACACAGUUGAUUUAAAAGGUUGUGCUUUUAUUUGACCUUUAAUGUCCCUAGAGUUUGAGGAGAGCGAAGCAGACUGGAGAGUAAAAAAAAAAACGGGGGGUACACAGAGUAUUUAGUUUGUUCUGUUUGAGCAGUGAGAGGUAAGCGAGAAGGGGGUUUUACUCUUGUCCUCUUUAUUGUCGCGUGUUUAGGUGUUAAAUGGUUCGAGAAAAGCAAUAGACCGCAGCCUUUAGCCGGCUGCUCCGUUGUGUGGUUGACAGAAGUCCUCCGGUGUUAAUAAUUUCAUUUGAUCACCUGCUUUUUGAGUGUGACAGAUGCAGACGCGGGUGCACGCGGGGCGCGGUGAUAGCAUUCACGCUGCUCUCCAGAGGCAAUGUGCACUUGCCCUCCGAAAACACAAACAGCAUGCAUAAUUGCUCACCAGCUGACAAUGCAGCCAUUCAUUGUUCGGGGCAAGAGACACACACAUGCACACGCACCUGAUUCCUGCUUUUCCUCCUCCUGAGAUGGCCGAUAUCUGAGCAGACGGCUUCGGAUAGCGCUGUGUGGGAGAGCCCAGCUGGGGAGGAGAUAGACCUGUCGUGUGAUGUAGUCGUAGAUGUAAUGAGACCAACUCGUCCUGUCAGUGAGCAUGUUUCAUGCUGGUGUAGCCCCAUCAUCAACAUUAACCUUAAACGUCUAGGUGUGCGUGUAUUCAUAAAUAUGCAUGUGUGCUAAUGUUCAUCCCACAGCCAUAUUUGAACUGUUUUGUAUGCUCUUUGUUGCACAACCCUCGUAGAAUGCCUUCUGUAUUGUGUACUGCUGCAUGGAAGAAAAACUGUGUAUGAACAAGUGUGGAGACACGGGUGUGUAAGUGUGCGUGUGCGUGUGCGUGUGUGUGUGUGUGCGUAUGCGUGCGAGUGUGCAUGACACCGGAAAAGCUUUGAGGGUGCUUUUUGACUCAUUGGUUUGUAAAUAUGUUUUCAUAAAGUUUUUGAUAAUGUAUUGUAUAAUUAUGUAAAAGAGAAGCUGUACAUAAGAUUUUAGAUAAAGUGUUGACAGGUAUAUUAAUUUAUUUGUAUAAAGGAGAGCACUGCAUUCCCUGAUUGUAAGAAAUCUCAAGUAUCCACCAAAGUGGUUUGUGUUGUUCCUUGCUGUGCAUCAUUUAGCAUCUAUUUUUGUGUGCCACCCUUCUUUCUUUGUCGACCCGCGUACGACGUGGAGCCCCUUCCCGAGAAAACACACCCACAUCUUUGCAACGUUUGCCGACCUCUGUGUUAAUGCGAUGAUUGGUUUUUGGUUUAUUUGUGCCUUUUUGUUUACUUUUUAUUUUUACAUUUUACUGUUGUUGUUUUUUUCAUGAAAAAGACAGGGAUCCGCCAACUACUGUACAUGCAACGAUGGACUGUAUUAAGACCAAACUGAUUCCACUUUUUGAUUUUCUGUAAUGGAUUACUUUUGAAUAUCUCUAUAUAUUGAUAUAUAAAAUCUGACAAAAAAUGUC